AUGUCGCCUCGUUUUAAAUCUGGAAUUUCUGAAAAUCAUUUAAAUAAUUUUAUUUCCAAUUCUCAUUUAGUGACCUCCAUUGUGAAAUUUCACGUUCAUUAUCAAAUGGAAAAAUUUAUGAAAAAUCCAAAAUUACUCGAUCAUUUACUGACCGACGACGAUCUUUACAUUACGAAAAAAUAUAUGCCCGUUCACGAAACAUGGGAAAGACGAACCUUGUCUUCCCAUGCGAAUGUAGGAACGUGGUAUUAUGGAUUACCCGCAGAUACGCGAAAAAAAUACGAGGUCAGCAUUAUGUACGGACCCAUACGGUGGAAGGUUCAUCGAAUACGAAUUUUUAACGGGAAGAUUUCCAAAAAAUGUAACGGAAGAUCAUAA